CAUGGCCGAUUUGAUUUGUAAUGUCGAUGUCGGUGAAACUGAAGCGUUAUUUUACUAAAGAUUUUAAUUAUUUAGUGGUUUUAUUUAUAAUAUUAUAAAAAUAAGUUACAUGAUUUAUCAGUGCUACUAGUUAUCUUUUGGUUUAUAUGACUCAAAAAUUUGGAGUGUACGCGUGUUACGUUAUAAAUUGUUGAGAGUUGAUGAGUUUCUGAUUAUUUGCCACUCGGGUUGGAGGUGCGAUGUCUUUUCCACCUCGCCCGCCUAUGGUGCCUUACGGAAUUGCACCCGGUGUGGUCACUAUGCCAAUGGCAACUCACGUAAUGGUCGGAGCGUACGGAGCCGGCGGCGCGGUGCCGGGCGGCGCGCGCUCGGCGCUGCUGCCCGCGCCCGCGCCGCCCGCGCCGCCCGCGCCCGGCGCCAAGCCGCCGCGCGGCACGCAGGCGCGCCCCGCCAACGGCGCCAAAGACGACGGGCCGCCGGUCACGGUGUUCAUAGGCAACAUCUCGAGCCGCGCGCCGGACGCCAUGAUCCGCGCCGUGCUGGGCGCGUGCGGCGCCGUGGUGUCGUGGAAGCGCGUCAGCACGUUCGGCUUCUGCGAGUUCGCCGGGCCCGAGGCCGCGCUGCGCUGCGUGCGCCUGCUGCACGAGCGACCGCUGGCCGACAAGAAGCUGCUGGCGCGCACCGACGGCAAGAUGCAGGCGCUCGUCGACACCUACAAGACGGAGCAGCGCUCGCGGCUGGGCGAGCAGGCGCCGGGUACGGAGGGCGAGGGUUGGCUGGACGCCACGCAGCGCGCGCUGGACGAGGCGGCUGAGCGCCGCCUGGUGCAGCUCUACCGCGACUACCAGGACGACAUCAACAACUACGAGCUGCUGCAGAAGGAGGAGGCGAUCUCGAAGACGGCGCGCGUGCUGGAGGAGGCCGACAUAUCGGAGGAGAAGCGCGACGUCAUCCACCGGGAAAUCGGCAAGUUCCGCGAGAGUAUGAAGGAGGAGGCGGAUGUGGUGGUGCGACGCAAGCGGGACCCUAAGGACGAGAAGUCGGACCGCGAUAAGGACAAGGAGAAGGAGAAGGACAGGGACAAGGAUCGCGACCGCGAGAGGGAGCGCGACAGGGACAGAGACAGAGAGAGGGAUAGGGACAGGGACAGGGAUAGGGAGCGAGAACGUGAGCGGGAGCGGGAGCGUGAGCGUGGAGAGCGGGAGAGAGGCGAGCGGGAAAGAGGAGAACGAGAAAGGGGAGAGCGGGAGCGAGAACGAGAGAAGGAGAGGGAGAGAGAUCGCGAGAGAGACAAAGACGGUAGAACGCGACGCAGGAGUCAUUCGAGAAGCAAGGAUCGGCGCGAAGAGCGAGAAAAGGAGCGAGAGCGGGAACGAGAAGAACGCGACCGAGAGCGGGAGCGGGAGCGUGAGAGGGAGCGGGAGAGGGAGAGGGAACGCGAGAGGGAGAGAGAGCUCCGCGAGCGGGAGAGGGAACGUGAAGCUCGCGAGAGAGAGCGAGAGAGGGAGAGCAGACAAGAAGUAGAUGUAGGCGCGCCACCCCGCAGGACGCCCGCGGGGAACAGACGAGGGAGACAAGAGAAGGAAAGGGAAAGAGAGCGUGAACGCGAUCGUGAACGUUCACGCGAACGAGAACGAGAACGAGACAGAGACAGGGAGCGAGAGCGGGACAGAGAUAGAGAACGCGAGAGGUCGCGUGGUCGCACCGAGGCAGAUGCGCGAAAGGAGAAGGAGAUCGAGGAGGAGGCGAGGGAUAAGAAGAGACUCGAAAAGAAGGCCAGGGAGAAGGAGGCGGCGUAUCAGGAGCGGUUGCGGAACUGGGAGAGUCGCGAGCGACGCAAGGCGAAGGAGUACGAGCGAGAGAGAGAGCGCGAGCGCUGUCGAGAGGAGGAGCGCGAGCGAGAGGCCAAGCGCCUCAAGCAGUUCCUCGAGGACUACGACGACGAGCGGGACGACCACAAGUACUACAAGGGCAAGGAGCUGCAGCGCCGCCUGGGCGCGCGCGUGCGCGAGGCGGAGGGCGACGCCCGCGAGCGCGCGCGCGAGCAGGAGGAGCUGGAGCAGCUGCGCCGGAGCAUCUUCGGCGCGCGAGCGGCCGACGACCCCGCCGCGCACGCCGACUACGAGCGCGCGCGCCGCGAGCGCGACGAGCUGUACCGCCCGCGCCUGCUGGUGGACGCCACGCUGCAGCGCGACCAGCAGCGCGAGCGAGAGCUGCAGCGCGCGCGCCAGCGGGAGGACGCGCGCCGGGAGGCUCGCGAGCGGCUGGCUCGUGAACGCGAGCGAUACUUGCGUGCUCAGGCGUCGCGCGAGCUCCCCACCGAGGCUGAACCCAUCGAUUCGGAUGACAGCGGUGGCGCGGACACGGCCGGUAUGGACGCCGACGAGCUCGGGUCGGGCUCCGCAGAGGCGGAGGCGGAGGCGGAGGCGGAGUCGGGCGGCGGGUCUUUGACACCGCCCGCACCCGACGCGCCCGACGCGCCCGCGCGACGCCGACACCGCCGGCACCGCCGCCGCGCGCCCGACACCCCGCCGCGCCCGCCCGCGCUCAGCGACGGCGGCAGCACACCGCCGCGCCCGCCCUCCGACGAGCGCUACCACAUGCCGGAGGGCGCGAGUGCCGGUAGUUCACCGAUCAGCAUAAGCUUCCGCGCUCGACACAGUCCGUCCCGCAGCAGUCCCGCCGACGGGCACAGAGCCGAGCGACGCGUGCACGCAGCUUUCGUCGACGACGACGAACCCACGCGUAAAGAUAAAAAAGAAAAGAAGAAAAGUGAGAGCAGCGAUCGAGGUGAGAAAGGUGAAAAGAGCGAGAAAGGGGAUAAAGAGAAAGAUAAGGGCGAGAAGGACAGCAAGUGCGCAGAGGAGAAGCGGAAGCACAUCAAAAGCCUCAUCGAUAAAAUUCCCACCCAGAAGGAGCAACUGUUCCAAUACCAGCUCGACACUGACCAGAUCGACAACACUUUGAUGGAGAAGAAGAUCCGUCCUUGGAUCAACAAGAAGAUCAUCGAGUACAUCGGCGAGCCCGAGCCGACGCUCGUGGACUUCAUCUGCAGCAAAGUGCUGGCCGGCUCCGCGCCGCAGGGCAUCCUCGACGACGUGCAGAUGGUGCUGGACGAGGAGGCGGAGGUGUUCGUGGUGAAAAUGUGGCGCCUGCUCAUAUACGAGCUGGAGGCCAAGCGCGCCGGCCUGCACAAGUAGGGAGCGACGCGCGACGGGCUCGGGAAGUGACUCCGAGCUGACGUCUCUACUGUUGCAGCGGGUGCGAGAGAUCGCGUUCGACGACACUAUUAGUUCUCAAGAUAUAUCUUUAUUUUUUGUAAGCAAUAAAUAUAAUUUUGUACCGACCACUUACGUUAUAAAACUGUAAAUCAUAAAAUAACACCACGUUCCACCGAUAUUUUCCUCUUUCAAAACAACGCAACGACGACGUUCCCUUGUUCUCUAAUUUCCAAUAUUUGUCGAUUGUUUUCAUAAUGAUAAUUUAGUCGGAUGUUGAUAAGAAUGGCGUACUUACUAUUUUAUACUAAGCUCGAUACAUUUAGAAUAUCGAUAAAAAUCAGCAUUAUUAAUGUUCGAUCCAGAAAUUGUACAGUUUAAAAUAUUUUAUAAACUAUUGUAUUUGUAAUUCCAACACGCAGUGUUCCUAUAUUCAUAAUCGUUAAAAUGUUCAGAAGGAAUAAGAACGAGUUCCAAACCACUACAGCCUCAACACUUGAAAUAGAUUCUGUGUUCGAAUAAGUAUUGUCUUUGUCUAACGUCGUUUUGUCAAAUCAAUUCGAUUGGGAUCUGACUGGUGAUGGUGAUGGUGAUGAUGACGUGACAUGUACCAAUAGUCGUGGCGAUCUGUUGAACGGUACCAAGAUGGUGUACUACAGCGCCGUCUAGCGUCGACUUACGACAAAGUGGACAGUGUUACCUCCUCCUACAUUAAUUAAUCUUCUAUAUGUGCCAACUUCCGUGGUCAUCGGUCAAACUCUAAGUUUAUAAGCAAAAAGAUAUACUAACAUCUAUUUUUAUAUAUAUUUAGUAGAAAAUUCAAUAUCAACAAUUGUACAGUCAAUUUCACGAGCUAAUUGGUGUGCAUGCAUGUCCUUCGAAUUGUACAAUAUUCCGAAUGCUCAGUGUCGCUAAAUAUUAUAAUUGUAAUCACAAAAAAAGGUGAACUACGGUUAUACUAUAGGCAACACCACCGCGUGUCGGCUGUGGUUAUCAGGCUCGCCCACUGUCAGGUCCUAAUAUGAAUCAUGUUACGUCGCUUGACGAUUUAUUUGGAGAGACGGGCAGUGAUUACUUUUAUAAGCGCUUAAUAUAAGUUUAUAUUAUAUAAUAAAUGCAACAAAUAAAAAAUAGUUUUGUUACAAAGUCAAUAAAUAGCAUGUCGUAUUGAUCCGACGGAGGUCGUUCGCAGUAGAGAGCCGCUAGUGCGACGUACGUCGAGUGAGACGAGAUCAUUCCGUGUUCCGCGAGGGUCCAGUGUGUAAACAAAAUGUAAACAAGGAAUCAAAUUCAUUGUUAUAUUUUUUAUUAAUGAUGACGUAAACAAAUGAAAGCCAUUAUCGAGCUAUAAAUUGAACAUUUUAAUUUGUUUACGGUUAGUAUAAAUUGGAUUGUAAUGACCAGUUAUAAAUGUAUUAAAAAUAUUAUCCGUCUCUUUAUUGUAUACAGUCUAAACAUCAUUCGAUCUUUUCGCCAUAAAUUGACGAUUUAGAUAAUCUUAGCUAAAUGAUUGUAAAUUGUGAGCUACUGUAGCAGAAAUGAUUACGAAACAUGCCUUUAUCACACAAAGCUAUUUGUAUUUUCGGCAUAUUGUUUACAUCUUGUAUUAACUGGAAUGAAACGAGAAAAGUCACAGUUUUUUAUCAGUAAAUGUCGCAGAAAGUUUGCGCUGUAAUAAAGCGAGAGGUAAGAUUUGAAACUUGUUAAUACGAUACACGGAGAUAGUUACGACUUUGUAUAUACUAUGUGAUACUGCAGUGUUGUUGUUUCACACUAACGAAUGCGCAACUUGUUUUGUAAAUUAUUACGAUGUAAUACAACAGUGUGUGCGCGUGUGCGUGUGUGCGUGUGUGAGUGUGUGAGUGAGGAGAUGUAUGCGUGUGUGCCAGACGCCAGUUCGUGUUGAGUCGUAACAAUUACGAGGUAAUACUGUAGCGAGUAAUAAUAUAAUAUUGUCAAUA